GCGAGCCCUGGUGCGACUAUCGCUCGGCUUCUCGCUUCUGGCAUGGCCCAGCUGGAGCUGCGAGACCUCCUGGAGCGUCGCCUCGAGAGCCUCCUCGAGCCGCUGCAUCGGAGGCGGUCGAAUUCGUGCCGCUUCGCUGCCAGACCAGCCGAAGGAAUCUAAUCUCCACAAAGAAUGGAGAGUGCGCCUUCUGAAGCCGGGCCAGGACACUGAAGACAUGAGAGCCGUCUAUCGACUUCAGCGAGAAGUUGGGGGCGUCUCUGAGCUGAUGGUGGCCUUGCAGCCCGUGAUUGGGCAGGGCUAUGCAUCCUACGUCAUCGCAGAAGCUGGGAAGGAGGUCAUUGGCUGUGCACAGCUGGGCCGUCUGGCCAUCGGCGGCUUCUUUGUACUGAGAUGUGACUUUGUAGUCAACACCGUACUGGUCAAUGCGGCGGAGCGCCGCAAAGGUGUAGGAACAGCUCUGGUGGAGGAAUUGCAGCACAGGUUGCCCCAAGAUGUGCCUGGCUCGGGCGACUUCGCUGCAUGGGCCAUGACGGAUGGCUCCGAUGCUGCAGCGGGCACCUUCUUCACUUCCCUCGGUGCAGAACGAAUCGGUGGCCUCGGUGAGCUCCUUUGGAUCUCGCCCUUUGCAGCGCUUGGCCUCGUGAUCACAGCCGGCGCACUCUUCCGUGGAGACCUCUGCAUCUUCCGUCUGCCUGGCAAGAGUGACGCGGUAGAGUAUUCUUCUCUCGGAAGGCUGGAGCCAUGGAAUGCGCAGGAUUCUGCAAGGAUGUAG